AUGUCCGACUUUGUGCAUGGUCCUCAGGCCGACGUGCGCCCCUCCCACGAUGCCAAGCGACGCUCACACGAUCUCGAAUCUGGAAGCCCCGAUCUAGAGCUCAAGGGCGAACAUGUUGCCUCUGAUUCUGUCCAGGCCGAUGAGAACGACGAGGUGAUCCGGGCUCGUGAGCUCCAGCAGAAGACGGGAAUCUUGCGGAAAUUGCGCGCUGGUGAAGAAUGGCUGGAUGAGAAGAUGGGUAUUGAAACCCAGGGUGUGGAUCGAAUUCACGAGGAGGAUAAGAAACCUCCGUCUAUCAUCAAUGUCUUUUUUAUGUGGUGGUCCGUUACUUGCCAUGUGGGAACUCUUCCUAUCGGUGUCCUGGGUCCGGAAUUCGGCUUGUCGCUCAACCAAUCAAUUGCUGGUAUUGUGGUUGGUACGGUUCUCGGUGCUAUCUGCACGGCUUACUGUGGUACUCUUGGUCCUAAACUCGGUCUUCGUGCAAUUGCUACCUCGAGGUACUCUUUCGGAUUCUACGGUGCAAAACUCUGUUCGGUUCUCAAUGUGAUUAUUGGUGGCGGUUUCGCCGUCGUCAAUGUGGUUGUCGUGGGCCAGAUUCUCGCUGCCGUUUCCAACUACACCAUGUCAAUUGCGGUAGGCUGUGUUAUCAUUGCCAUAAUCGGCUAUGUAAUUUCGAUCUUUGGCUUCGCUAUCAUCCAUACCUACGAAAAAUACUCCUGGAUCGUGGCUUUCAUCCUGCUGUGCGUCUUGAUUGGGGAAGUAGGAGACAAGGUCGAUGCCAGCAUCCCAGCAGAGGACACGGGUCUAUCGUACUCUGGUUCGAUGCUGAGUUUCAUCGCCCUCUGCUUCUCGUCCUCUUCCGGAUGGUGCUCCAUCGCCGCAGACUACUACUGCAACUACCCCGCCAACACCAAGUCAUGGAAGAUAUUUUUCCUCACCGUCUUUGGCAUUUCCAUCCCCACAAUCUUCGUAACCGUCAUCGGUGCCUGCCUCGGAAACGUAGCACUUAGCGGCGCGGAAGCAAACCCAGGUCUAGCUCUCGCAUACGAGGAUCAUCAACUCGGGGGUCUUCUCCGCGAAUGUUUCCACCCCAUGGGAUUCUCCAAGUUCUGUCUCGUGCUCCUCGUCUUCUCCGUGCUGGGAAACAACGUCGCAGUAAAUUACUCCUCCGGCCUCUCCCUCCAACUCCUCGGCCACUACUUCCAUGCCGUACCCCGUUUCAUCUGGUCCUUUAUCAACGCACUCGUCAUUGCCGUGUUGGCUAUUGCCGGCCGCGAACAUCUAUCUACCAUCGUUAGCAACUUCGUCUCGUUGCUGGGAUACUGGACUAUCUCCUUCACCUUGAUCCUGCUUGUCGAGGACAAGUGGUUCCGUAGAGUCGAAGGCUAUAAUUUGAAUGUCUGGGAUGUACCGGGUGGGCUGCCGUGGGGUCUUGCGGCCGUUGUUGCGCUGUUGGCUGGGUAUCUCGCUGGUGGUGUGACGGGUAUGGCGCAGACAUGGUAUAUUGGUCCAAUCGCAGCCAAAUUCGGCGGUUUCGGAGGUGAUGUUGGUAUCUACUUAUCCGGAGUCAUCACUCUCGUCGUAUACCCACCAGCGCGUUGGUAUGAGCGGAAGCGCACUGGCAGAUGA